UUGGACGGAGCCCCACCCUCCCCUCAGCGGCCGGAUGGCGUCCAUGGACCCCCCGCCGGCGGCGGCUCCGGGCGGCGAGGGCACCCUCAGCCCCGCCGCCGUCAACCGCAUGCUGAUGGAGCUCCUGAUCUACGUGGGGCGGACGCUGGUCGUGCUGUACCCGGUGUACCUGACGGGCUACCUGGGAUUCAGUAUCAGCUGGGUGCUGCUGUGCACGCUGAUGGUCACGUGGUGGAAGAAGAACCGCGUGCACAAGGACUCGCGCAUCGGCUCGGCCAUCGACUUCUUGGACAACGAGAAGCAGGUCAUCAGCACCGAGCUGGGCGGGUCCCUGCAGAUGGCUUCGUGGGUCAACUUCACUGAUGUGGAGAAGGUUCAGUGGGUCAAUAAGGUGCUGGAGCAGGCGUGGCCCUUUUUUGGGAUGUACAUGGAGAAGCUGCUGAAGGGAAACAUCCAGCAAACCAUCCGGCUCUCCAACUCGGCACUGAAGACCUUCACUUUUACCAAGGUCCAUUUCGGACAUAAAGCUCCCAAGAUCACAGGAAUCCGAGCGUACACCCAGGAAGUGGACCAGAGGGAAGUCAUUCUGGAUUUAAGUCUAAAUUUCGACAGCGACAUGGACAUCGAUGCUGCCGUGAAUUCCGCGAUCACAGCUGGAGUUAAAGGAGUUAAAAUUCAGGGGAUGCUGAGGGUCAUUUUGGAGCCACUCAUCAGUGAAGCCCCGCUGGUCGGAGGCGUCACUUUCUUCUUCAUUCGUCGCCCGACUUUGGAUCUUAACUGGACUGGAAUGACGAACCUUUUGGACAGCCCCGGCUUCAGCUCACUUUCUGACGGCACCAUCAUGGACAUCAUCGCCUCCCUCAUGGUGUUGCCCAACCGCAUGUGCAUUCCCCUCAUAGACCAGGUCAAAGUGGAUCAGAUGAGGUUUCCCCUUCCUCGUGGUGUUGUGAGGGUCCACGUCCUGGAGGCCAGAGAUCUGGUGCCCAAGGACACCUACAUGAAGGGUUUGGUGAAAGGCAAAUCCGACCCCUAUGCAGUCGUCAGAGUUGGCAACCGGCAUUUUAAGACCAAAACCAUCAACAAUUGUUUAGACCCAAAGUGGAACGAAGUGUAUGAGUUUGUUGUCCAUGAGGCGCCGGGGCAGGAGCUGGAGGUGGAGCUAUUCGAUAAGGACAACGAUAAUGACGACCCCCUCGGAAAUUUUCGCAUUGAUUUAGGAGAAGUGAAGAAGGAAAAGGUGAUGAAACAGUGGUUUCCUCUGAAGUCAAUUCAGCACGGUGAGAUUUGCCUGCAGCUCAACUGGCUUUCUCUUCAGAGCGAAUCUCAUCUCCUGCAAGAGUCGCACAACGGCCUCGCCUGUGCCAUGCUUGCAGUGUAUCUGGACAGCGCUUCGAACUUAUCAAGACAUCCCCCCAGCGAGUCGACGUCGAAUCACAAACAAAGCAAACAGCCGAAGGAGGAGCGGCUCACAAAGCAAAACAGCAGGCCGAACUCCUAUGUGGAAUUUUCUGUUGGCAAAGAUGUUCUGAAAAGCAAGGUUGUGUACGGAAAUAAAGACCCAACGUGGGAGGAGGGCUUCACUUUCUUUGUGCAUAAUGUAAAAACACAAGUCCUUUAUGUUAAGGUCAAAGAUCAUGACAAAAAGGUGGAGCUGGGUACUCUCGCACUGCCUCUCAGUCGCCUUCUCCACAUCUCCGACAUGGUUUUGGACCAGCGCUUCCUGCUGGAGCGCUCCGGAGCAAAUAGCGAAAUCAAACUGAAGGCAACCCUGAGGAUUCUUACCAUGGAGGAAAAACCCAAACCGACUGCAGCGACUCCUCAAAGCAAACCACCGAUACCACAGGCCAAAGUCGGAGGCGUGUCCCCCAACAUCCCGGCGGCUGCCUCAUCUUCUUCCGGUCCUGUUGACAGGGGAACAAAAACGGACCCGUCAUCCCCACAACUUUCCCACCCCUCAGCGUCAGACUCCUGGAGGUCUUCUACUACGAACAUGCGGCGGUACGACUCUCGCAGCCUGCUGUCGGAGAACUCCCUGGCUUCAUCGCGCUUCGACUUGUUAGAUGGAGCUUCCUAUCCUGAGGCAAUUAGGAACCAUCAGGGCUCGUUUGGAGACAUCAAACUGACCAUUCGCUACGCCGGGCUCAGGAAAAAACUCCUGGUUGUUGUAGAGGCUUGCAGGGACUUGUUCCCCUGCAGUGAGAACGGCACGGACUCGUACGUCCGCCUGUACCUGCUCCCCGAUCAGGCCUUCACUCACCGCAAGAAGACGCAUGUCCAGAAGAAGACCGUCUCCCCUGUCUUCAACGAGAAGUUUGAGUAUGACGUGACAAUCACAGAAGCAUCCAAGAGGAAGUUGGACGUGGCGGUGAAAAAUAACAAGAUGUUUCAUAGGAAGGAGAGGAAGGACAUCGGCACGGUGAUCAUAGAUCUCUCACUGGUGGAUCUGGAAAAUGGCAUCUCAGAAUGGUUCGAGCUCACUCUGCCCGGGCUGAAGAAAUAAUUCUAGCAGGGAGAGCUGAACAAUGAGAAGCUGAGGAUGCUCGGAUAGUUGGGUACCCAAGCGGCAACUUGUUUGCUUUAUUUUUAUAAACUUCUUAAGUUUUUAACAUGUUUUUGCACAGCUUUUUGGUUUGGGGACUUGAAAAUAAAAAAAAACAGUUUGUAUCUUUUAAAGGUAACCAAAAAUGAUUUGUUUCCUUUUAGGUUUGACUAUGAGAAAGUACAGCUCUCACUGACAGAUACUCUUUUUCUCUUUUCUGUGUUGAAGUAUUAGACUAUAUUUGGAAAAACUGUUUUAACUCUGGAGAAGGAAAACCAGCUUCACAUUUUAUUAUGUUUUUAAAUAAUUUUAGCCAAAGUUCAUAAAUAUAUAUUUUUAUUUCAAAAACUGUUUAAAUUGGCACUUUUAUUGUGGUACUCUAUAAAACAUACGUUGCAGCAGCGGCGUUUGAAAAAUGUUGCACAGCUUGAAAACUUGAGUUCUGCUAAAAUGUGAGACCCUUCACACAUUUGUUUUCGAGAAAAUAUAUUUUCUAACUUAAAGGAAACCUGAAUGUGGUGUGAAGGCAAAGAAAAAACGUCCUGGUUACAAUCUUUACAACAUGUAUGAAAGUAUGUUUAAAGAAGCUUAUAUUGCCAUUUCUGGUAGAAAAUAUUUAUAUUGCUCCUGUAAAUAAAACUGUUUCUAAGGUUGAAGUUUUGGACAAUAAACUCAUUUUCUGGUGAUAUUUAUCAAAAAUAAACUUGUUCAAAAGCAUGUCUAAUGGUGAUAUUCAGUAAAUGCAACACAAAAUAUGUAUUGAUAUAACUUUAGUAAAAUUUUGCAGAAUACAUUUACAGCACUUAAUGGAAGCUUUUUUAAAACAGAAUUUGCUUGAACAUAUAUCCAGAUAUUGAUUCAAUUUAUUUACUAGGUUUUACAUUAAAUAAAACUUUAAGAAGUAGUUUUAAGUCUUUAACAAGCAAGUAAAUGAACUAAUUAUUUAAUCCUAAAGGGAUAUUUUUCAGUCAACUUUAGACUUUUUUGUAUUGAAAUGUGCACUUUUUGGAUGAAAAUGUUAUUGGAAGUUUCAGUCUGUUUUCAUCCAAUGUAAAGCUU